AAUAAUUUAACAAACCUCUGUGUGAGGUCAACAUGUGUGAGAGUUCUCCAACUUCAACUCUACCUGCCCGUCUUCUAGCAAAGAUGCUAUACCCCUAUAUGUUUCUGAUGACUUAAAUUAAAUUAUAUACCUUUAGUACACAGAUUACUCAGGAACACAAGCGUACGGUGAGUCGGUGAUUUCAGAGAGAGAGAGAGAAGAGCGCAAAAGAAGAGAGUAGGCAGUAGCAUGUGGCGGAAGCUUGUAAAAAAAUUGAGAACAGCGUAGAGUCACAGCUCACCAGAAACCAAACUUCUUCACAAACAUCCUCUCUCUCUCUCUCUCUCUCUCUCUCUCUCUCUCUCUAUCUCUAGCUUUUCUUUUUCAGAGACAGAGAUGUGGAAUUACAGUGAGAAGUCAUGAGCUUCGAGGGAUUUGAUAUCCAUUGGUGGUGGGGAAUUCUUGCUCUCCCUUGGCUUCUGGGUCAGGCCUUGGGCCUGAAUUCAGAUGGAAUUCUCUUGCUCUCUUUCAAGUACUCUGUUCUCAGUGAUCCUCUCGGCGUUUUACAGGGCUGGAACUACCGUGACCAGACGCCAUGUUCAUGGAAUGGAGUUUCCUGUGCUAACUUGCGCGUCACCGGCCUCUCGCUUCCAGACUCUCAGCUUCUCGGAUCAAUUCCGCCCGAUCUGGGUAUGAUCCCAAUCCUUCAAAGUCUUGACCUUUCCAACAAUUCCAUCAAUGGGUCCAUUCCUCUGUCGCUGUUUGAAGCGUCUGAACUUCGAACGCUUGACUUGUCUAACAACUUGGUCGCCGGUGAACUGCCCGAGCUCGUCGGAGGGCUGACGAACCUUGAGUUCCUUAACCUCUCCGACAAUGCUUUGGCGGGAAAGAUCCCGGGAAACCUCACCUUUCUACGUAAUUUAACUGUUGUUUCUCUGAGAAACAACUACUUCUGGGGUAGUCUUCCCAGCGAGUUCAAUUCUGUUCAAAUUCUAGAUCUGUCUUCCAAUCUGAUCAACGGAUCUCUGCCCUCAAACUUCAGCGGCAAUAGUAUUCGUUACUUCAAUGUCUCAUACAACAGGCUCUCCGGCGAAAUUCCGACUAAAUUCGCCAACCAAAUCCCGACAAACGCCACUCUUGAUCUCUCAUUCAAUAAUUUCACCGGCGAAAUCCCGGAAACCAGCCUGUUCUUCAACCAAGAAGCGAAAUCAUACGCCGGGAAUCCAGAAUUGUGCGGAAAGCCGCUCAAGAAUCCAUGUCCAAUUCCUUCCACCAUCUCGACUCCACCAAAUGCCACGUCACCAACAUCUCCACCGGCAAUCGCCGCCCUUCCCAAGAGUACCAUAGAUUCAUCUCCGGCGACGAAUUCACCGGGCCCGUCGAACGGGUCAAGCCGAAAAGGCCUGAAGCCAGGAAUCAUAGUCGGAAUAGUGAUUAGCGACAUCCUGGGAGUUCUAAUCGUCGCGUUGAUUUUCUUCUACGUCUACCAGUCCAAGAAAAAGAAGAGCAGUGUCGUGAACUCGAAAACCGCGGAAGCGGGCGAAGCCAAAGACUACGACUGGUCGGCUGCGGAGUCUUCCGAAGAGUCGAAAGGAAUUAGGGCGUGGGCGUGCCUGAGAAAGCAAGCCAGCAAGGACGAAGAAUCGUCCGAAAGCGCAAGCUCGGACGGCGACGAUGAAGAAGUGGAGGACGGGAAGAAGGGUGGUGGGGGGAGUAAUAAUAAUAAUAAUAAUAAUCAGGUGCGGCCCGAAGGGAAGGGGACGGGGGCGCUGGUGACGGUGGACGGCGGUGAGAAGGAGUUGGAGCUGGAGACGCUGCUGAAGGCGUCGGCGUACAUACUGGGGGCGACGGGAUCGAGCAUAAUGUACAAGGCGGUGCUGGAAGACGGCACGGCGUUGGCUGUGCGGAGGAUUGGAGAGAGCGGGGUGGAGCGGUUCAAGGAUUUUGAGAACCAGGUCCGCGCCAUUGCCAAGCUGGUGCACCCCAAUCUGGUUCGGAUACGAGGGUUCUACUGGGGCGCCGACGAGAAGCUCGUCAUCUACGACUUCGUUCCCAAUGGCAGCCUCGCCAAUGCACGCUACAGAAAAGCGGGCUCCUCGCCGUGCCAUCUCCCGUGGGAACUGCGGCUCAAAAUAGCAAGGGGCGUAGCACGGGGGCUAACCUACAUCCACGACAAGAAGCACGUGCAUGGCAAUCUCAAACCAAGUAACAUCCUUUUGGGCCCCGACAUGGAGCCCAAGAUCGGAGACUUCGGGCUCGAGCGGCUGGUGACCGGCGAGAGUAGUUACAAGGCCGGCGGGUCGGCCCGAAAUUUCGGCAGCAAGCGGUCCACGGCCUCGCGAGAAAGCUUCCAGGACGUCCCUAUUGGGGCGACCCCAAGCCCAAGCCCAAGCUCAAUGGGCUGCAUAUCGCCCUACUACGCGCCGGAGUCACUGAGGAGCCUGAAGCCCAACCCGAAGUGGGACGUGUACGCGUUCGGGGUAGUGUUGCUGGAGCUGCUCACCGGGAAAGUCAUUGUGUCAGAUGAGUUGGGCCCCGGGGCGGGAGAGGAGAAGAACCGGGUUCUGAGGAUGGCUGACGUGGCGAUCCGGGCUGACUUGGAGGGCAAGGAGGAUGCCGUGCUGGGUCUAUUGAGACUGGGGUUCGGUUGCAUUUCACCGGUCCCACAGAAGAGACCUUCCAUGAGAGAGAUGCUACAAGCUCUUGACAAGUUCCCAACUCCACCUUCUUCAGCCGCAUUCUAUUUUGGUCACCCAUAAUAAUAAUUGAUAAUAUAGACAUCAACAACAAAACUUUUAUGUAAGUGUAUUUAUGAUGAUUGACUGACAGGUUGAUGAUCUCUUUUGGGUUUGUUGUUUAGGUGUCUGGGAUUGUGAUUAGAUCUUCUUCGCUUGGCCUGUGUGACAGGGAGGGAUCGAUCUGUGAUUUGCUAAUUGAUUUGGAGAUUGUCAGUCCACUAUUUUGUAUUGUAUUUGGGAAAAGAAAAAAAAAAAGUUUUUUUUUAUCAUUCUAAUU